CGCAACAGUAAGUCUGAUAUAAAAAUGAAGACAAAUAUACUCUGGCACAAGAAAACAGAACAAUGCGAGUAAUAUUUGUCUUGAGAAAGUAAAGGACUGAACCCUGAAAUGCCCUUAUCGCACGUGCACGUGACGUAACUGGUUCACUCGCACGUGAGCGAAAGGAAAAAUAAAAGGCCACUCAAGAGCUGUGAAUAUCAUUUAAAUCGAAAUGGCAAGUCCAGACGCGUUCAAAGUUGGCUCUUUAAAGGGCAAAGUGACGCUGAUCACGGGCGCCAGCUCGGGGAUAGGAGCGGGCGCGGCGGCGCUGUUCUCCAGGCUGGGCGCUCACCUGGCGCUCAAUGGACGCGACGUGGACAACCUCGCCAAAGUCGCCAAAGAGUGCGAGGCGCGGGGGGCAGUUAAACCCCUGUUAGUGCCGGGAGACUUGACAGAUGAAGACACCGUGAGGAGGACGGUGGAAGAGGUCAUCGCUCACUUUGGGAAGCUGGAUGUCCUCGUCAACAGUGCAGGAAUCCUUGCCAUGGGCAGUAUAGAGACAACAGACAUGGCCCAGUAUGACAAGGUCAUGUCUGUCAAUGUCAGAUCGGUGUAUCAUCUCACUCAUCUCUGUGUGCCUCAUCUCAUCAAAACAAAAGGCUCGAUUGUGAAUGUGUCCAGCGUGAAUGGGCAACGAUCAUUUCCUGGUGUACUGGCCUACUGCAUGUCCAAAUCAGCCAUCGACCAGUUCACACGCUGCGUUGCUCUUGAGUUGGCAUCAAAGCAAGUGCGUGUCAACUCAGUUUGCCCAGGAGUAAUUAUUACCGAGGUUCACAAGCGUGCGGGACUUGACGAGGACCAGUAUGCUCAGUUCCUUGAGAAGUGCAAGGUGACCCAUGCUCUCGGCAGACCAGGUGAAGUAGACGAAGUAGCUCAUGCUAUCGCUUUCCUGGCAUCUGAUGCGGCAACAUUUAUAACAGGUGUCAAUCUUCCAGUGGACGGAGGUCGACAUGCUAUGUGUCCACGGUAAUGAUUCGCUGCCACGAUAACGGCUGCCAGAAGCAAAGAAAUAAACCAAGUUGGAAUCGA